UCUAUUUCCUACGCAGCAAUGUAGCAUCGACACACGAGUGGCUCACCAAUGGAGGAAAUAUUGUCAUUCCCAUUAUGCCCCUCCUCCCCCAUUCCCAAAUUACCCUCCCGUUCCCAAAAUAGUCCUCGUCGUCGUCCUCCUCGCCCCCGCUUCCCAGCCGCGAGGGCGAAGCUCCACGCCCCCGUUCCCCCAAUCGCCCCAAUUCCCAAAGUACACCCCUCUCUUCCCAAAAUACCCCUCUCCUCCUCCUCCUCCUCCUCCUCCUCCUCCGAGGAGAAGCUCCUCUUCCUCGACUCCCUCGGCGUCGACCUCGCCUCCGGCGCCGCCGCGGCGGCGGUGGCGCGCGCGCCGAUCGGGGAGAUGCGGGCGGCGGCGGCGGCGCUGGUGGAGCUGGGGCUGGGGCCCGGCGAGCUCCGCCGCAGCGCCGGGAUGUGCCCGGAGAUCCUCGCGGCGGCGCCGGAGACGAUCGCCGCCGCCGCCGCGUUCCUCCGCCGCGAGGCCGGCGUCCCCGCCGCCGCGCUCCCCCGCGUGAUCCGGCGGCGCCCGCGCCUCCUCGUCUCCUCCGUCCCCGGGCGGCUCCGCCCCACACUCUACUUCCUCCAAACCCUAGGUAUCUCGCCGAUCUCUCGCCACGCAACCCUGCUAUCCUGCAGCGUAGAGGAGAAGCUCCUCCCGCGGCUCGAGUUCUUGGAGUCUGCCGGUUUCUCUCGCAAGGAGGCGCGAGCGAUGGCGCGGCGGUUCCCGCAGCUGAUGUGCUACAGCAUCGAGGGUAAUCUGCGGCCGAAGCUGGGGUUCUUGCUCGACGCGAUGGGCCGGAGCCCCGUGGAGCUCCGCGAGUUCCCGCACUACUUCUCGUUCGGCCUCGAUGGCCGGAUCCGGCCGAGGCACAUCGCAUGCGAAGAGAGAGGCGUGCGGUUGCCGCUCCCCGCGAUGCUCCGCCCUGGGGACGAGCGGUUUAGGGCACGGCUCGACGUCUGCGUCGGGUCCUCGCCGCCGAUGAGGUCCUCGCCACUUUGGCAGCAGAGUUUGGAGCAAGUUUAUGGUGAUCAUGAUAAUAGUUUGUUGUGUUUAGAGAGGGGGAAAUGGAGGUUUAGUACAUCUGAUUCUCUUUUACUAGCUUGAGGGUGUUAAAUUCUUAUUGAACUAUGUCAUGUAUCCUUGUGCAUAUUAUUAUUUCCUUGUAAUUUGAUAGAUAGUAAGUUCACUUGUUGAUUUCCUCAUUGGAGAAUUGGAUUUGUGGACUUUGGUGGUGAUGCAUAGUUCAUAGGCUAUUCAAUUGAGGAAAAAACAUAUAGAAUUUAUCCGAACUAUGUACCAUUUUUUAGUCAAAUAUUUAAUCUUUUAAAA